UCUAUAAUUUGUACAUUAUAGGUAACCUACCUACUAGGCUAUUGUUACCUACUUAUUAAAUUGAGCCUACUUACUUGUUUUCCAAAUCACAUCACAUAAGAUAGACACCUAUUUCAUGUAAAAUAGAAAUACAAAGUAUUUUGUAUUUAAUUGGAGAAUAACUAAAUUAGUAAACAUGUCUGACAGUUACGAUGAUAUGGAUAUAAGCGAAAUUCGCAAUUGUCUUCGAGUGUGGCGUGAAUCCAAUGAAAGAAAAAGUGAAGAGGUGUUAACCAUUUGGAAUAGAUACCAAGAGAAGUUUAGUAAAAUGCCUGUCAAUGAAAAAUACAUAGCAUUGGAGCAAGUAUUUUAUGCAGCUUUAGACUGUCAUGAUUAUAAUGAAGCAGGCUUUAUUUUAGCUAUAUUUAUGCAAGAUUUUGGUCCUAGCAGUGUGAGAGUUUUCCGACAUCGGAUUGCAUUAUUGGAAGCUGAAGAAGACUACGAUUCAGCAUUAACACAUCUGGACAGCAUGAUAAAAAUGGACGAGACCAAUGCAGCACUGAGAAAAAGGCGUGUUGCCAUUUUUAAAGCCCAAGGGCUAAUUGUUGAGGCUGUCAAAGAAUUGGUGGAUUAUUUGAAAAAGUUCAUGUCGGACGCGGAGGCGUGGCAGCAGCUGUGCACGCUGUACCAGCAGCUGGGGGAGUACUCGCGCGCGGCGUUCUGUGCCGAGGAGCUGCUGCUGCACCAGCCCCACAACCAUCUGGUGCACCAGCGGCUGGCGGACCUCCGAUACACCAUGGGUGGUGCGGAAAAUAUGGAGUUAGCCAAAGCAUACUACUGCCAAUCACUCAAGCUCAACCCGAACAACAUGAGAUCCCUGUUGGGGCUGUUUUUGGUGACGAAUAACCUCUUAAACCACUACAAAUCGUCAGGGAACAGUUCGAAACGCAAAGAGAUUUGGCGUCUCAGCCAAUGGGUGCAGUCGCAGGUCUCCAGGAAGCAGAGGGACGCCCGGGCCGACAACUCCCCGGCCCUCACCAAUAUGAUGUUGGCGUUAGCCAUCACUGAGUGAGGUGACGAAGAAUCGAUAGAUCAGCUAUUUUAUCUAAAGCCAUUCAUAUUUCAUUACUAUAAUAAUCCUAAUUAUUAUUACUACGGAAUUUUAACAAGUGUUAUUUUUUGAUACUUCAGAAAAGAUAAGCCAUCUGGUUUUUUCGAAAUAAAAUAAAAGAAUAUAUAACUGAAUUAGAUCUAAUUAACAAUAGUUUACUUCAUAAAAUUCCAUUUUUCAUAUCUGAUUUCAUUCAUUUAAUAGUGGCACAGAUGUCGUGACGUCACGUCGUAAAUUCUACGUCUAAAUGUCAAAUUUCGUUGUAAAGUCAUGCAUUGUAAAACAAUCUUAAGGCAACGUUAUUUAGGAAGUCCUUUUUAAUUUUUAAAAUAAUAAAAUGUUGUGCGAUUGCAAAGGUUGUUCUUAUUUUGCGAAGAAUUUCGCGAAUGAAGGACGCCAUGUUUUUUCGCAAGGACAACCGUUUCAUUUUGACAUUUCGCUUCGACCAGACUGGUAACAAUUUACACGUGAACCAUUUUGAUGUCAAGUAAUGUAAUGAAAAUUGGGCUAAAGAAUCAAAUUUCCUUGGACAAGUGUAAGAAAGAAAGGGAAGUAAAAACUUAUUUUCUGUCAGAUACUUGCACCAAUGCAUGUAGAUGAUUUUGCUAAUCAGAUUGUAAUUUUACAAUAAUAUUAUUGUGAGCAAGUUUUAUUAUGUGGUGGGUCUUGUGUGAAUGAAACGGAUAUAUUUUAUGAAAAGGAAGUAGCCAAUUUUGUUAUUGAAUUUAUUAUCUUUGAAUGCAGUUUAAGUGACAUAUUCGAGAAAAUACAUGUGUAUGAAGCAGACUGUUUUCCAGUUCUAUAGUUUCAAUUUUAUAAACAUAAAUAAAUAAUAAAUUAACUUCACCUUGCAUUUUUAAAAAGAGAUGGGUACGGAAUAAUCAAUCUUUCUACAGAUAGAAAAAAAACUGUAUAUAUUUGAUAAAAACAAGAAUUACAUGAAAACAUAAAAAUUUUAAACAUUCUAGAUUUUUAUUUUUAACUACCACAGUCUGCACCAUAAUUAUUUUAAUCCAACAUGUUGAUAUAUAAAAUGUAUUACUUUAUUUGUUAGUAUAUGUGUUUAAUUAUUAUAUUUAUUUGUAAGGAAAUGGUUGUCAACUAUUUAAAAUUAAAUUAUAUGUUAAGUGA